CCUCUCAUUCACUCUCUCACUCUGUGCUGUAACAUGCGCUCCUCCUGAUCAGCGAGGGGGCUCCCAGGCCAGCAAUGAUCUGGAUGCUUUUUUAAAGGGAAAGACUGCAGUCAGUCUGUUACAGUCUGUUGCAGAAUGUUGGAAACAGGACACCUGAAUGACUCCCUGGGCUCACCAGGCCAGAAAGACAUAUCUCACCUGAAUGUUCCUUUUUGUGGUACUAUAAAAGGAGGAAUGAGACCUGGAAAGAAGAUCGUGGUAAUGGGUAUAGUGGAUCCCAAUCCAGAAAGCUUUGAAAUCAGUCUGUGCUGUGGAGAUACAGAUGUGCCCCCGGCUGAUGUGGCCUUAGACUUACAAGCCAGGUUUCCCGACCGCCAGUUCAUGAGAAACGCCUUCGUGUCUGGAGAAUGGGGAGAAGAGGAAACACCCAUUCCUUACUUUCCCUUCAUCCCAGACCAACCAUUCCGGCUUGAAAUUCAUUGUGAACACCAACGAUUCCGCAUCUUCAUCGACGGGCACCAGCUCUUUGAUUUUUAUCACCGCGUCCCAAACCUGCCAGCCGUCCACGUGAUAAAAAUCAUUGGCGACCUGCAGCUGACCAAACUGGGUUAAAGUGCUGGCGCGACCAUUGGUGGGGGCCGGCGGGGAGAAACUGUGGCCCCCUUCUACUUUAGGUCAGAGAUUCGCCAUCACGCAUGCGUUGGCAGUGCCAGCUGGGCCUGCACUGCCUCAGUCUCAAUCUCUAUUGUCUGUUGUGUUAAAAGGAAGAAUUGAACCGUUGUUUGACAUUUGACGAUGUAAUUGAUCGGGGGAGGGGCAGCCAUUUUUGUGGGGAAAUAUUCAGAGUGGGGGUUGGGGAGGAGGGGGAAAAGCUUGCGACGACAAGUGAAAUCCGGUUAGCGGUGCUCUUAGAACAAGAAGGAAGAUUCGUACAUACCACCACCUAGCAGCUAUAAUGUGUGGGGAAUACCCAUUGCAGACUGGUGUAAGCGAAGGUGAGAGAGGGGAGGGAAUUCACUACAUCAUUUGCACCAUGCACUUCAGUAUGUGUUUCUGCACUGAAAUGACUGACAGCACAAGUAAUUUAUAAAAUAUAGUUACAAAAUAUAGAGGAAAAAUAAACACAGAAAAGAGACAGAACUAGUCUGGAUAGCAGUUUGUAAAUUUUUCCCACACUGUAACAUGGAUGACAUGUUUUUACUUUGUGACACUACAUAGUAAUUUAUAUCCAGCCAUCGUGUCUUUUAGUCGAAUGAAUUAUUAACCAACAACCAUGCAGAAUGUUAAUCAAUGGAUGUACCAGAUGUUUUAGUCUGUUUCUCAAAAUUAAAAGUAUAUUUCUUGAAA